UCAAAUCAUCUGUAUCCAUUUGGACUAGUUUCGUAUUUAGUGUUCAAAUUAAAAAUCAACCAACAUAAAGAAAUGAAACGACAUAAUGCGAAGGCAAUUGCAGCGGCGGUUGCUAUUGCUGCAGCAGCUGCUGCCUCCGCCGAGGGCAAAAAGAAAACGGAGACCAAACUGACUCUCAAUCCGUCGACGCUCUACGUGGAUGUGGUGAAGAAUAUGGCCAGGCCGGAGAGCUCGCCACCGGCAGCACCGGCGCCGCCAAAGUUUACCAUUUUGCGUGAGGAUUUUCCGGCUCUGCCGGGCACUCAGGACGAUUUGCGUAACAGCAAUAGUGCCACCGUGCCGGAUGACUGGACGGCUAUCAUCAGUGACGAUGAUGAAGUUGGCGAUAAUAAUAAAGAUGAUGGUGCUGUUAAUGAUGAUGUUGAGGUGACGCAGCCGCCGCCACCAUCGCCGCCAACACCAUCCCCACCAACGCCCUCGCCGGACAGUGUUAGCGAGCCGGAAUCGGUGCCUGAGCCUAUGGCUGAGCCGGUACCUGAGCCAGUGCCUGAGCCGGAGCCAGAGCCAGAGUCGGUGUCGGUGCCAGAUUUGCUCAUCGAGCUGCACAGCAGCACCGACAGCAACAACAUCAGCAGCAGCAACAGCAACAACAUCAGCAGCAGCUCCAAGAACAACUCCAAUUCCAGUGAGACGGAAACGGUGGAGCCAGAAUUUCCGGCAGUGGCCCAUGUGGCCGCCACCACUGAUUUCAAUAGCAGCUCCUACGCUCCGGAGACCGAAGUGUACCCGAACUUUGUGAAGUACGUGAAGAGCCGCAUCUUCGACACACAGUUCCUGGCCGUGGGAGUGCAUCAACGUGCCUGGUCGCGCCAGAGGAGCAGCGAUGCGGUGCCAAACAUUGGGCCGCCGCCUGGGUUCGAGAAUAUGAAAUUCUAUAGUCGCUUGCGCACCAAUCGUUUGGGUGUGCCGCUGGGCGGUGUGACCUUCGACGUAACGCCGCCGCAGGCGAAUAGCAGGCGCUCAGAGCGUUCAAAUGGCGGCAGCAUGGAGAGCGCCUAUGGCUUGAGCGGAUUGGCUAGCACUUUGAAGGCGGCACAGCAGAAUCCGCAUCUAUUUUCGGAGAUCUUCGGUCAUGAGGCGGCGGAUCUGAAUGUGGAUGCGCAUUGCUGUGCUUGCGAGGCGAACAAGCUGCACGCCAGUUUCGCCGGGCCGCUGGAGGGCGGACGCUGUGCUCCGCACGAGGUGAACUACGAUAUACCGUUGUACUACCGACGCAAUAACGAACGGGAGUUGCCCCAGCCGAAGAUCGAACAGAUGGAAGUGGAGCUGCUGUUCUUCUUCUUCUACACAUAUCCGGGCGACAUGAUGCAAAUGCUGGCCGCUGCCGAGCUGGCCGAGCGCGGUUGGCGUUUCCACAUAUACGAACGUCUCUGGAUUCGACGCCAGGCUGACAAUCCACACUACGUGGUGUGCGAUUAUCAGGAGUCCGGCGAGUACAACUACUUCAACAUGGUGCACUGGAAGAUCCUGGCUCGUCACUUCGAUCUGCUGCCCGUGCAUCUGGAACGCACCAUAACCAAGAUCGAGCUGCUCGAGCAAUACGGCUAUCAUCCGCAGAUGAGCUUCUUCUGAGACGGUGCUUAUCCUUUGCGCGGCAAUAGACGAUAGAGGCAUUCUAGUCGAGCGUGACUCAAUGGCGAACCAAUUGCUAACAUGCUCCAAACACAAUACAUACUCAU